AUCUAAUCGUCUCCACUCGUUCGUUAGCAUAAUUUUUCCGUUAACACCUGACCGCGCCCCCUUCCCUUCUCCCUCGAUCAUCUUUCGGUAUGCAAAUGAAAGGAAUACGGUGUGACUUACAUAUUGUCAAGCGGACAUCGCGUCGCGAAAACAUUUAUUGAAACUCCGUAGCUUGGCUUGCAACUAGAAAAACAGACGCACAUGUCACACAAGGCAUUCUUAUCAUUGACAGUGUAUGCCUGAAUAACGGAGUUUGGUACAAGUUAUGAAAAUAAUAACUCAGGCGUCGCUGAUAUAACUGAAAUACGAACAAUCUAUUCGUGGUUCUCAGCUGACGAUCAUCAACAUUUAAUCAGUAACUGCGCGACUGCUUCGCUCGCACGAACUAUUCUGGUGAGCUCGUAUACAAUGCAGUUGUAUUUGUUUUUGCUGUUGCUUUAUUCUGAGUAGAAAUCUGUUUGAUGUACGCACACACAUUUAUCAUACUACGCAUACUAGUCGCUUUGCAUGCUGGUCAAUAUCAUCAUUCGAAAAACGAGUAUAUCGACUUAAGAGGCUUACAGGCUGAUUUUGAGUAAAUAAUGAAUAAACCGGCUGUGGGGAAAAGGACGCAAUGGAAGCAAUGGGCAGCUGGAAUUACAGCCACCAUGAGCAUGGUCUGCGCUGGGACUGUCUACGGAUGGGCGACAACCAAUCUCUCUAGGUUGAUGGAUAAGGAUUCUCACAUCGUUAUUACGUCGGACCAGAGUUCUUGGAUAGUGUCAUUGACAGGAAUCGGCUCGAUGAUUGGACCCUUCAUCGGAGCAGCCUGCGCCGAUACGUUCGGCCGAAAAAGGACGCUUCUAUUGACAAGUUUGCUAUACGGAGUCGGCUGGCUGAUCGAUAUAUUUGCAACUAAAGUGGAAGAGCUGUACAUCGCUCGCGUGAUUCUAGGGACUGGGAUCGGAAUUUCCUACACGACAAAUCCCAUGUACGUCUCGGAGAUCGCCGACGUCAACAUCAAGGGCGCCCUCGGUACUUUGAUUGCAGUGAACGUAUUUACCGGGUCAGUUUUCACCUGCAGUUUGGGACCGUUCGUGGCGAUAAGAACCCUUUCCAUAGUUCUCUUCCUGAUACCGAUUCUCUUUCUGUGUCUGUUCGCCUGGUUCCCCGAGACUCCCUACUUCCUGGCCUCGAAGAAGAGGUACGUCGAGGCGGCUGAGUCACUGUCGUUUUUCAAAGGAAUAACGGACAACCAAGAAGCAAAGAAUGAACUCGAAGCAGUGAUACUGAGCAUAGAGAAGAACUCGACCACUCAAAAGUGGACGACCAAAUUCCGGGAAAUGUUACGUCCAAACAAUCGCAAGGCACUCGGUAUCGUCGUUUCCCUUAUCAUCGCCCAAUUGAUGAGCGGCAAUUACACGACCAUGGCGUACUUGGAGGUACUUUUCCAAUCAGCGAAUAUCGGUAUCAACACAAACUUGGCGACUGUGAUAGUCUUGGUGAUGGGACUUUUAUCCUGUGCUCUUGCUACCGUCACUGUGGAAAAAGUUGGAUGCAGACCGUUGCUUAUGACCUCAACAUUGGGAGCAACCGUCACCUUGGCGGUAUUGGCGAGCUACCUCAUCGCCGAUCGGAACGGCUUUAACGUGACAUCGGUAAACUGGCUUCCGGUCGUCACCAUCAUUCUUUUCCAGCUCGUCUAUCAGCUCGGACUUGGCGCGAUUCCUGAUGCCCUCAUCGGCCAGCUGUUUCCGAAUAAUGUUAAAAGUAUCGGCAGUGCCAUAGUUACCAUUUCGGACGGGGUUUUUGGUCUUGUUGUUGCCAAGUUGUAUCAAGUGAUCGGAGAUGCCGUGGGUGAAUACGUUGUGUACUAUAUAUUUUCCGCUGCCUGCUUCCUGGCCUUCCUAUUUGCAUUUGUCUUCAUACCGGAAACGAAGAAUAAGGAGUUUGAAGAAAUCCAACAAGAUUUGGCUGUCAGCAGACUUCACUGCUGUAGGAGGUGAAAUGAAUCUGUUUUAAAGAACAUUUGUCGUGCGACGUGAAGGGACACUUUUUUCAGUACUUAUUCGAAAGCUUGCGUUUGUCGUGAGGUACAUUAAGCUAUUGGUCACUGUGCAUUAUAGGAAGAGGAUGGAAAAUAUCAAUGUAACCACCUGGAAAACGGA